AUGUCCACUUUCGGCUCGCACUUCCGCGUCACCACCUACGGCGAGUCACACUGCGCCUCGGUCGGCUGCAUCGUCGACGGCGUGCCCCCCGGCAUGGCCCUCGACCCUCAAGACAUUCAAACCCAGCUCUCGCGUCGUCGACCCGGCCAGUCCAACCUCACCACGCCUCGCGAUGAGAAGGACCGCGUCGAAAUCCAGUCCGGCGUCGAGCGAGGCGUGACCCUCGGUACGCCCAUCGCCAUGCUCGUGCGCAACCAGGACCAGCGACCCAACGACUACACCGAUGAGACGCUCGAUGCCUACCCGCGCCCCUCGCAUGCCGACUUCACCUACCUCGAGAAGUACAACGUCAAAGCAAGCUCCGGAGGCGGACGCAGCUCAGCUCGUGAGACCAUCGGGCGUGUCGCUGCCGGUGCACUCGCCGAGAAGUACCUCAAGGAAGCUUACGGCGUCGAGAUCGUUGCAUUCGUAUCCAGCGUAGGCAAGGUGCACAUCCCGCGCUACCCGGGCGAGCAGCUCGCCAAGGACGUCGCCAACGGCGCUCCCAUCGCCACCGAGACCAAGGAUGGCGUGCAGGUCGAGGGCAAGUCCUUCUACGGCGAAUCGGCCACCGACGGCCCACCCCAGACCAAAGUCGAUAACAUCAUCAACACGGACCACCUCACCGAGGAGGAAGCGGAAGAACCGCUUUCCGUAGAAUUCCGUCAACUGCUUAGCUCGAUUACCCGCGCCAAGGUGGACGAAAACGCCAUUCGAUGCCCGCACGAGCUGGCAGCCGAGCGCAUGCGUCAGCGCAUCCUCCUCGCCAAGGCCAACAACGAUUCCAUCGGCGGCACGGUUACGUGCAUCAUCCGGGGUGUGCCUUCCGGCCUCGGUGAGCCGUGCUUCGACAAGCUCGAGGCUAAGCUGGCACACGCCAUGCUGAGCAUUCCCGCGACCAAAGGGUUCGAGAUCGGUUCUGGCUUCAGGGGUACCGAGGUGGCGGGGUCGAGGCAUAACGACAAGUUUGUGCGCAAGGCGGAUGGACGAUUGGGUACCGUGACCAACUGGUCUGGUGGUAUUCAGGGUGGUAUUACGAACGGAGAGGAUAUCUACUUCCGUGUUGGAUUCAAGAGUCCCGCGACCAUCAGCCAGAACCAGUCCACCGCGACGUACGAUGGUAAGGAGGGAACGUUGAACACCAGGGGAAGGCACGAUCCUUGUGUCGUGCCUAGGGCCGUGCCGAUCGUGGAGGCCAUGGCGGCGCUGGUGAUCAUGGACGCGGUGCUCGUGCAGAACGGCAGGUUGGCCACUGCCGAGAGGCUGAGCGGGGAGGCGGUCGAGGCGCUGCCAAACAGCAUGAAGUGGCCGCAGGGCAAGAGGAGGAAGACGGAACAGUAG